ACAAACCUCCAUGGCUGCUGAGUUCACUCCAAACUUUCAGAGCUUAAAGCCAUCACCUUUUCCUCUAAUGGAAGCCGAUUCCAACAUUCCUGUUUUGUUCAAUGACGGUUUCUUUUCCGACCACGCUGCUCCUCCCAGAUUCCCGGAAAACCGUCGAGAAAAUCUCCCCAAAAUUUUCUCUCCAGCCAAUCAGCUCGCUUCCCCUGUUUUUGAGCGCAAGAAAAGAAAGCUUGAAACUGACGCUUCUGCAAGCAGUUCCGGCAAUUCAUUACCUCAGCGUUCUGAAACUGCGAUCAACACUAAAAACAGCUCUGGAAGAGGAAAGCAGCCGGAAAAAGGCAGGGGAGUGGUUCAUGUUAGAGCCAAAAGAGGUCAAGCAACAGACAGCCACAGUGUAGCCGAAAGGAUAAGAAGAGGCAAAAUCAAUGAAAGAUUGAGAUGCUUGCAAGACAUUGUACCAGGAUGUUACAAGACAAUGGGAAUGGCAGUGAUGUUGGAUGAGAUAAUUAAUUACGUGCAGUCUUUGCAGAAUCAAGUUGAGUUUCUUUCUAUGAAACUCACAGCUGCAAGCUCCUAUUAUGACUUCAACUCAGACGAAGCAUAUGAACAAGCUUAGCUUCAACUUAACCAAAAUUUGUUACCAAUACUUCAAAUUUAAAUUUAUGUGUGAUUAAAGGAUCAUGAACUGGAUUCUUUUUAAUCUCUAAAAGAUCAUUUUCAUAUCUUUUCUUUUCAAUCUUAU